GGGCCCAUUGUGCUGGUGACAGCUUUGGUGACACCGCUCCCUGCCAAGUUGCGUAAUGUUUGUCCAUCGCUGCGGUCCCACGCUGGCAGCAGAGAGGAGCAGGGUAUAAAAGAGGGAGAGAGCCCGAGCACGUCAGUCUGGUCCAGGAUGGCCAAGCUCACUCUGCUCACCGGUCUGGCCCUGCUGCUGAACGCCCAGCUCGGCACUGCCUAUGUGCUGACCUGUUACUUCACCAACUGGGCCCAGUACAGGCCUGGCCUGGGCAAGUUCACCCCUGAAAAUGUCGACCCUUGCCUGUGCAACCACCUGAUCUACGCCUUCGCCGGCAUGAACAACAACGAGAUCACCACCUACGAGUGGAACGACGAGACCCUCUACAAGUCCUUCAAUGGCCUCAAGAACCAGAACAAAGACCUGAAGACCCUGCUGGCCAUUGGAGGGUGGAAUUUCGGCACAGCCAAGUUCUCCACCAUGGUCUCCACGCCCCAAAACCGCCAGACCUUCAUCAACUCCGUCAUCAAAUUCCUGCGCCAGUAUCAGUUUGACGGGCUGGACCUGGACUGGGAAUACCCCGGCUCCAGGGGCAGCCCUGCCCAGGACAAGUCUCUCUUCACCGUCCUGGUUAAGGAAAUGGUGGCAGCCUUCGAGCAGGAAGCCAAGCAGAGCAACAGGCCGCGGCUCAUGGUCACUGCUGCUGUGGCUGCUGGACUCUCCACCAUCCAGGCUGGCUACGAGAUCGCUGAGAUUGGCAAGUACCUGGAUUACAUCCACGUCAUGACCUACGACUUCCACGGCUCCUGGGAGAGGAACACCGGAGAGAACAGCCCCCUGUUCGCCGGCCCUGCCGACAGCGGCGACUACAAAUACUUCAACGUUGAAUACGCCAUGAAUUAUUGGAAGAGCAAUGGUGCCCCAGCUGAGAAGCUCCUGGUGGGAUUCCCAACCUAUGGAAAGAGCUUCACCCUGCAGAACCCAUCUGACACCUCCGUUGGAGCUCCAGCAUCCGGCCCUGGCCCCGCUGGACCCUACACCAGGGAGGCUGGAACUCUGGCUUACUACGAGAUCUGCUCUCUCCUGAGCUCUGGAGCCACCCAGGCUUGGGAUGAACCCCAGGAUGUCCCCUACGCCUACAAGGGCAGCGAAUGGGUCGGCUACGACAACGUCAAGAGCUUCGGCCUCAAGGUGGACUGGCUGAAGAAGAACAAUUUUGGAGGAGCCAUGGUGUGGGCCCUGGACAUGGAUGACUUCACUGGGGAUUUCUGCAAGGAAGGCAAAUACCCCCUGAUCUCCAGCCUGAAGAAGGGCCUGGGGCUGCAGAGCAGCGACUGCGUUCCCCCCUCCGAGCCCCUUCCUCCCAUCACUGAGGCUCCCACCACCACCUCUGGCGGCUCCGGCGGCUCCGGCGGCUCCGGUGGUUCUGGAUUCUGUGCCGGGAAACCCAACGGGAUCUACGCAGACCCCAACAACAAGAGGAACUUCUACAACUGCCUGAACGGCCAGACCUUCGUGCAGAGCUGCGAGCAGGGGCUGGUCUUCGACCCCGCCUGCUCCUGCUGCAACUGGCCCCAGUGAUUGCCAACCCUUUCCCGGCCAAUCCAUCCCUCGGAUUUUCAUUGUGUGCAAUAAUCAUGAUUAAAUAAAGCUUUCUCAGAGCAA